ACUUCAUGUUUGCGAGCAGCGUGGGAAGUCUUUCAAGACAGAAAGACAUUUUCGGUUGCAUACGAAGGUCACAUAGAAGAGGAAGUCAAUGUUUGUGCUUUUUGUGGGAAAUGUUUUACAACGUCCGGCAAUUUAAAGGUUCAUGAGCGAAUUCACACAGGAGUAAAAUGCAAAUCUUGUGGAAAAUGUUUUACGAGUGCAUCAUAUUUGAAUAUUCAUACCCGAAUUCACACCGGCGAGAAGCCAUUCACUUGUAAACAUUGUGGGAAAUGUUAUACAAGGUCGGGUAAUUUAAAGGAACAUGAAAAAUCGCAUACAGGAAUCAAACCUUAUGCAUGCAAAUCCUGUGGAAAAUGCUUUACAAGAGUCAACACUUUGAAUGUUCACAACCGAAUCCACACCGGGGAGAAGCUGUUCACUUGUAAGCAUUGCGGAAAAAAUUCUACAACGCCGCAUAAUGCAAGAGUUCAUGAAAAAACGCACACAGGAAUCAAACCACAUAAAUGCAAAUCCUGUGGAAAAUGCUUUGCAAGAGUCCACACUUUGAAUGUUCACAACCGAAUUCACACCGGGGUGAAGCCGUUUGAUUGUCAACAUUGUGGAAAAUCUUUUACAACGUCGGGUAGUUUGAAGGUACGAGAGAAUCCACACAGAAAUUAAACCAUAUAAAUGCAAAUCCUGUGGAAAACGUUUUACGAAAGCCUCACAUUUGACUAGGCAUACCCGAACUCACACCGGGGAAAAGCCAUAUGAUUGUAAACAUUGCGGAAAAUGUUUUUCCACAAGUGGAAA